UCAGUUUGGCCAGGCAGUCUUUCUCAAGCUUGGCCGAGCGGGGAUUUUCCUUGCUCUGGGGCUCUUUUUAAGGCACCGUUUGAGUCCCUUCCUUGGAAAAUACCUGCAACUGGACGACCUAAUUAAAAAGGAUCUCCACCUUUGACUGACUGUUCCUUCUCGGCCUUGCUCCCCUCUUCUGUGCAGUCUUUCUCAUUCCCAUCCCCUACCUCCCUUCCCCUUUGUAUCAGGAGCAGUUAAGUACCUGUUGAUUCAAACUCCAGCCUGGAAGCUGCAGAAGCGGGCUGCAGCUGCUGACUGGGUUCACGGCUCGCUGCAGCCUUCAGGCAGGCAGAGAUCAGCUUGUUUGCCACAUUCCUGGACGUAAGGCGGACAGAAAGAAGAGAAAGCAAGACAAUAAAAGGCUCGGGAAGCUUUGCAAACAGAAAGGAUUAAAGGCAGACCUUUGGUUAUAACGUAGAUGAGCAACAACCGCCGCGAUUGAGGAGUAAGUUAAGCAGGCGGAACUGGUUCCCGCUGGUGAGCAAGGGGUGCUGCACGACCGGAGCACAGCUAGCUGUGCCCAUGGGCCUGGGGGCUCCUCCACCAGCCCCCGUGGCAGGGUUCAGUCCUUGCAAAUUCAACCUUUAAUUUCGCCAAAGAACAGGAAAAACCCCCGCCGCAGACAACCGUGGGAAUGCCUCCCACCGCCUGGCGUGGUUUAGUUAGGAAAAGGGGUCAGAAGAGCUCCCUCGGAGCAGCUCCGUUCCUCCGCUUUGCACCAUCUGCAUUCUACCAAAACCGGAAGCAAAGUUGGUCAGGGCCGGAUUUCUAAAACGCGUCAGCUUCGCCGUGGGCUCACGAGGGAAGUGCCACUCCACCUGCCUGCUCCCGCUUUGGAAAUAAUCAAAGGUCCUAAAUGGGAGCUGGAUAUUUUUGAUUCCAAAAUGCCCUGAAAGCCACGCUGGCCGAUGUCAGCACCUGUUGUCCCUGCCCACCUCCUGUCUUCCGAAUCUCACGAGAGCCUUAGGAGCAAAGAAGGACAACAGAGAGGCAGCUGCUUUAAGUGACCGGCUGCACGAGACAGUAGAAGCACCUCCAGCUUACCAAGCCUAAAGAAGCCAGCAGCCUUGUGUCUAAACAGCUCUUCCCCAGGAAUUAUUUUCUUGGGGGGUAGUUCCGCGCCCUUCUCACGUUAAACAACUCCGCCAGGCUGCUUUGUGAAUCAGUGCAAACCACACAGCGUACGCACGCUCAGCGCUGAGAGGUGGAGGAGUAAGACACUGCUCUGAACAGCUGGGUGCCGUGCUCGUGCGCUGCCUCGCGACGGAAUGAGUUUAAUCCUCCUCCUGGUCUCGGAUUUCUCACUGCGGGCACGCUCCGCGUGCCCCAGGGGACCCUGUGCCCUGGCCGUCUCUCUGCAGCGUGCGCAGCGUGUCACACAACGAAGCACUCUGUAAAGAUCCACGGGUUAGCUCGGAAAGCUCCAGAGUAGCUUGAGAAAAGCUGUGCGCUAGCUCGACAGUUUUGCUUUCGGAUCUUGUCAGGCUUAUUUAGAGCUAGGUGAGCUAUCUUUGUGGGAUUUUGUUCUAGCUGUACCUCCGCAAAUACUUUACACAGUUCGUUACUGGCUCAGCAAGCUGGCCUGCUCGCUGACCAGCUACCUGAGGAAUCCUGUCCAAGCCCCUGAUGGAAAUCCAGGCGAGCAUGGCAUUUUCCACAUCAGCUGUGUUCCACAACUAGUAGAGCCUCUGCCAUCCCUUCAGCCCCAUCCAAGCUCAGUACUACUUAACGACCCUGAUUAUGGCUUAGUGUUAUCACACACACGUCAUUUUCUACUUCUCGCGCUGUCCUUUUGUGUUUGAAGUACCGCACAAGUUGUCUGCCCGAUCCCUGCCAGUAUCUUCCUGGAGAAGCCCUGUCUUGCAGCGCUCAAACUAUCUGCACAACAGGGAAAAUAUGCUAAUACUUGGCUUUGGCUCUACGUGCAACCCAAAAGACGUACAGACUCGAGGAAGGGCUUGUAGCCGUCUUGCCGUUCCUCUGAAAACAAGCCUAAAAGCUUGGGGGUGCAUACAGUAGGAAACUCAGUGACCUUUUUCCCAGCAAAGGUAUCACUUACUCUUUGGCCACCUCGUAAGCUGUAACAUAAACUCCUCGCCUGAAGGCAAUGGCUUCGCAAGGAGAUUGGGGCUAGGCAUUGACAUCAGAACCCAGUUCCAGGAUGAGCUCGGUCUAGAAGAUACCUUCAGCUUGGGUUUCAGUCACACAGGUUUAGUUUCAGUGCAUCGGAACACAGGGCUCACGCUGCUAACAAACCGCACAAUUAACGUUGGCAUUAAAGAGCACGAAUGUAGGCUUUAGCCUGCUAGAUUGGACAUGUGGCUCCUCUAAAUCAGAUAACUGCUCUCUACCAGCGGCUUAUGAAAGACACAGGAGAUGGAGGCACAGAUUUCAGUGCAUUAAGCAAAUAAUGUGCUUGGAGAGAAAGCUUGUUCUGCGUCUCCUGAAUGGAGAGAGGGUUAUAUCCAUCUGGGAUGACGCACAGUAAGGGGUCUCUAGCACGUAGACACCGUAGCACUGGCUGUUCUAGAGAAAUCCAAGAGGUUUUAUUACGAUCAGAAGCAUGCAGAGACACAUCCCAGGCCUGAAGAGCUUUCAUUCUAAAUAGUUUGUACAAGGGACGGAAUUUAGAGCAAAACGGAAAAGCAUGUGGGAACAGCACCUCUCAGCCCAAGUUUGUUACGUGAUGCUUACAAGAUCCAAGUGUCCUGCUGGGAUGGUCAGGAAGACUGCUGAGAAAGGAAGACUCAUGGAUCUCACAUCCACCGUCAUCAUCCCACUGCUCUUCGGCAGCCUGGGGCUCUUCGCCCUUUUUCGGCUGCUGCAGUGGAUGCGGAUGCGAACUUACCUCCAGGGAGCGGUGGUGGUGGUCACAGGGGCCACCUCUGGCCUGGGAAAAGAAUGUGCAAAAGCCUUCCAUGCAGCUGGCUCUAGGCUGGUGCUCUGCGGCAGAGACAGCGAGAAACUCAAAGACCUGGCACAGGAGCUUUCUACCAUGACCAAUCACCGAAAGAACCUACACGAACCCCACACUGUGGUAUUCGACCUUUCGGACACCGAAACCAUCCUAAACGCUGCAGAAUUGAUCCUGAAGCACUCGGGCCACGUGGACAUCCUGAUCAACAACGCAGGCAUCAGUUACCGGGGCACGAUCGUAGACACGGGUCUGGACGUGGACAAGAAAGUGAUGGAAACAAAUUACUUCGGUCCUAUAGCCCUCACCAAAGCACUUCUCCCCUCCAUGAUCAAGAGGAGACGAGGCCACAUUGUGGCCAUCAGCAGCGUUCAAGGCAAAAUAAGCAUUCCCUUCCGAUCAGCAUAUGCUGCCUCUAAACAUGCUACCCAGGCCUUCUUUGAUUGUCUACGAGCAGAGGUAGAGCAGUACGAGAUUGAUGUGACGGUCGUAAGCCCCGGAUACAUUCAGACCAACCUUUCUCUCAAUGCUGUAACAGCAGACGGAUCUCGCUAUGGAGUUAUGGACAAGAACACCGCUGAAGGCCAGACAGCCGCAGAGGUCGCUCAGGUGGUUCUCAGUGCAGUGGGGCGGAAGAAGAAGGAAGUUCUCGUGGCCGGCCUGAUGCCCUCGCUGGCUGUCUACCUGCGAAAUCUCUUCCCCAGGCUCUUCUUCAACUUAAUGGCAACUAGAGCAAAAAAGGAGAGAAAAGCAAAGGACUCUUAGAGCUCAGCUCGUUCUCGAGCAGUAACUGUAGGGAGAGGCUAACCCCCUGCAGUUCGGCAGGGACGUCAGUGGAAGUGCUCCUGCAGGAAAAUCCUUUCUGAAAAUGCUGCAACUUGCCAUUGCAUGGAGAGUGGGAAGCCGUUUCCCUCACAUCAGGGCAGGCCCACGUGCCAGAAGACGGCACCUAAGCCUCACCUGAAGAAGGGUGCUUGGAACAAAGUAGGAGAGCUGAGCCUGCAGGGGAAGGUAACUCAAGGCACACACCUCACAGCAGGAGAGGCCCACGUGCUGGAAGGAGCACUGUACCUCACUUCACCCCAGGCACACUCAGCUUUACUGGCCUGCUACAAAUAAAACCCACCUGGUUUGGCUUUGUGCAAGCAGAUUUUAGCUUUCCCCACCCCACGGCCCCUGUGAAAUACAGGCCCCAGCUGGGAGCUCUCGUGAUCAAUGUCUCCUUCCCACUCCUUCCAAUCUUAUCCCAAACACAUUGCUUGAAGUGGAAAGCUUCAGAGCCUCUGCUUGUCAAUGUGCCAAAUCAUCUGAUACGCUAAGCUAAAACUAAUUCCAGUGCCACUUUUAAAAAAGUAACUGAUGUAGAAUGCACGUUUUAUUUGGCAACGAUGUUAUCUGCCUGAAUCAUGCCUUACUGAGGUGCAGAGCCAUCUCACUCUGCACUACCUGACAGUGCAGCAUUAACCCCAGCACAAGUUAAUGCAGAGGAAGCAUCAAAACAGAUUAAAACAGAUAAAAAAUAGCACGGCAAGGUAUGUUGUUGAGUGUAAAUACCAUGCCCCUGAUAGCACACCUGGUUCACCCGCAGGCCUAGGGCACAGAGUAGGUGUGACUCUUUAGACGCCAGGCACGCCGUCUUCCUGGCAAGCAAAGAAGAAUCUGUGUGUGUAGGGUGGACAACACGGGAGACAGGCCCGUAGUUCUCGCCUGUUUUCAAGCGAUCACAGUUGCCCGUUAGGGUCACAUCCAGUGAGGGGAGGAGAUCUGCCUGACCAGGUACCACAGGCUCCAGGGCGUUGAGCAGCCUGAGGGAGCGCCAUAUCCCUUUCUCCAUCCCUUCCCUUGGUUCCAUGCAGCAUAAAGCUUUUUCCUCCUCCCAGAGGAAGACAGCCUGCCCUGCCUGAUCCCAGCCACGCUGGGAAAGAGGAGCGUCUGGGCCGAGAUGAUUCAGAAAGGUUAUGAAUACAUCUGUGUAUUAACUGAAAUACAGCCUACGUGUGGGGGCCUGGAUCUAGACCCCUGCUGCCACCUCCACGCACUUCGCAGCAUUCUCCCUGCGUACUGCCUUGUAUGUCCUGCCCGUGAGUGCGCAUCUGAUGACAAAUAAAUUACGUUGCCAUGAA